UACAAAAACCUCUAUAAAUACCUCUUCAAAAUCCCUUACUAUUUCCUGAACUUUCUUUCCCCUUAAUAAAACAAAAACAACCUCUCAAAUUUCCAACUCCUUUCUAUACAUAAUCACAAUGUGUCCUACCGGAACUUCCUUACCUCCGACGAACAUUUCCGGCGAAGCCACGUCAGAUUUCCGGCAAGCAUUCGAAGUCAUCGACGUUGACCACGACGGAAAAAUCUCCGGCGAAGAUCUCCGAUCAUUCUACGCCGCAAAUUCCGGCACCGUCGACGACGAAGAAAUGAUAAAAUCAAUGAUAUUGGUAGCCGAUGCGAAUAAGGAUGGAUACGUGCAAUACGACGAGUUUGAGAGGGUUUUAAACAAGGGGAGAACAAGGAGAGAGAAAAGCUACGGUGACGGAGGGGUGAUGGAAGAGAUGUUUAAGGUAAUGGAUAAAGAUGGUGAUGGAAAAUUAGGGGUUGAUGAUUUGAAGAGUUAUUUAAGGUUGGCUGGAAUUGAGGUUGUUGAUGAUGAGAUUAAGGCUAUGAUUAAAUUGGGGUGUGGUGGUGGUGAUGAGAGAGAUGGUGUUUCUUUUAAUGGCUUUCUUGAUAUUUUGGCUGUUCAUGAGUUUUAAAGUUUUAGUGGUGGUGUUUUUUUUUUUUGUUUGAGAAAUUUUUGUAGUGAUUUUCACAAAAGUGGAAAUGGAUUUUGGGUAUGAAUGUGAUAUAAUAUAUUAACAAAAUUUUGUUGUAUGCCA